AGAGCAUAGUUCUUGCAGGUAGCAUGUUCAGCAGUGGCUUUGCAAAUGGUUUAAAGAGUAAUACUAAUGACAAUAAAGAGGAUAUUCCUUGGUUACACUUGGUGAUUUCAGGUUCUAGGGGUUUACAGACUGAUUUCUUGCGUACUAUAUCUUUAGUAGAUUAUUAAUUACAGUGACAGUAGUCGUAGCUCUCAUUUACCGAGCCCUCCUGCGUCAGGCAGUCAUUAACCAUAUGAGUGUGUUACAACAAGGAGGGCUGUGGCCUGACAGUCCAAGUGGCUGCUGUGCUUUGGGCAGAUGAAAGUGAUCCGGAUGGAUAGGGGUGAGAUUAAAUCUCUUCAUUAGUCCCUCUUACAAAUACAUAAGCCUGUGCAGGACCUAUAGUUGAUACUUUCUUUUUUAUUUUUUUAUUUGCCAGAUCUAGAAAUUGCUGCAGGAUUUUGAGAUCCUCAUCUGACAUAUUUUUAGAGAAUUGCAGCCGUUAAAACACUGAUUGCCAAACUUAUCUCAUUUGAAUAUUAUUUAUACCUCUAGAGUUUGUCUUAUUCUUAGUUCAUUUAAGCAUACUGGUAUAAUCUUAGUCUAAUUAACAGUGUUUUGUGACCUAACAAAACUAAAAAACCCUUGGUGGAGCUAGGACACAGCAGGAAGUAGACCCUGCAGGGCCUUGGUGCCCUUCCUUUGCACUGGAAUACAACUUAACAUUUGAAAAGUCUUGAAAACAGAAAAGGAAAAGUAACAUCUCUCACCGUUCAGCUGUGUUUAGUAUGGUUUUGCUAUUAAUAAUCCCUUUUAGCUUCUAGACCAGAAGAUUUUGUUUGAAGUAUUUGAAACCAAAUGCUACCAAGAAAAAGAUUUUACCAGAAGUAGAGAGUAGAUAUCUGUCCCCAGCUUUUGUUAAUUACUCCUGUUUGUUUAACUGGAGAAAUAAGAAAUGUACAUCUGCUGAAGAGAAAUCUUUGGGCAUAAACUCCUCCCUUCCUGUUUUCAAAUAUAUUUUAUAUGUUGUUUGUUAUUGAAAGACCAGAGAAUGCAACUGCUGUUCCUUUAAUAUCAGCACUAUGCACGUUACAAUAGGUGUCACUGUUUUGCUUGGGCCAAUCCUGAUUGGUGACUUCAGCUAUUGGCUCAGCGCGCUGGCUGUCUGACUCCAUCUGCAGGGCUGUAAUACCUACUCUCCUCCGAUCCAUUCACCACACAACUUCAGCCGGCUCGCGCAGCUCCAGCACGUCUUGCUAACCUAAUUCAGAAAACAAGAGUGCUACAGCUCUGUGCCUGUCAUUUUCUCUCAGUGUAGCAUUUUCAGAUGAUCUCUGAAACGUUUAUUUUUAUGAGCAAAUAAGAGAAACAGGAAUCAUGAUGGGGAUGUAUUUAACAGACCCAGUACUGGAUAAAACUUAAAACCAGUUUCUAUUCAACAUAGCGAAAAAGGUCACCUUGCCUGCCUGAGAAAGACGCAAAACAUCAGCUUGUUGGUUUCUGUUAACCUCUUAGCUGGGGCUAGCCUCAUUUCCAAAUGUUCAAACCAAUUUAGGGUAUCUAACUAUAAAGAGAGACGCACUGUACUCAUGGUAGAUGACAAGGAAAAGAACAUGAAAUGUCUCACCUUCUUCUUGAUGCUUCCAGAGACGGUAAAGAACAGGUCCAAGAAAAGCUCGAAGAAAGCAAACAGCAGCAGCAGCAGCAGCAGCAAGUUGCCCCCAGUUUGUUAUGAAAUAAUUACCUUGAAGACUAAAAAGAAGAAGAAGAUGGCUGCUGAUAUAUUUCCUCGUAAAAAGCCAGCCAACUCCAGCAGCACCACUGUCCAGCAGUACCACCAGCAGAAUCUCAGUAACAACAACCUUAUACCAGCCCCAAACUGGCAGGGUCUUUAUCCUACCAUUAGAGAAAGAAAUGCAGUGAUGUUCAAUAAUGAUUUGAUGGCAGAUGUACAUUUUGUGGUCGGGCCACCAGGUGGGACUCAGCGGUUGCCGGGACACAAAUAUGUAUUAGCUGUUGGGAGCUCUGUGUUCCAUGCGAUGUUUUAUGGAGAACUUGCUGAAGACAAAGAUGAAAUCCGUAUACCAGAUGUCGAACCUGCUGCUUUUCUCGCUAUGCUGAAAUAUAUCUAUUGUGAUGAAAUUGACUUGGCUGCAGACACAGUGCUGGCCACACUUUAUGCUGCCAAAAAGUACAUCGUUCCUCACCUUGCCAGAGCGUGUGUGAACUUCCUGGAGACCAGUCUGAGCGCCAAGAAUGCCUGUGUGCUCCUCUCCCAGAGCUGCCUGUUUGAGGAGCCAGACCUGACCCAGCGUUGCUGGGAGGUGAUUGAUGCCCAGGCUGAGUUAGCUCUCAAGUCUGAGGGAUUCUGUGAUAUCGACUUUCAGACACUAGAAAGUAUCCUCCGUAGGGAAACUCUGAAUGCCAAAGAAAUUGUGGUUUUUGAAGCAGCUCUCAACUGGGCUGAAGUAGAGUGCCAGCGACAAGACCUGGCGUCGAGCAUUGAAAAUAAGCGCAAGGUCUUAGGAAAGGCCCUGUACUUGAUCCGCAUCCCCACCAUGGCCCUCGAUGACUUUGCAAACGGUGCUGCACAGUCGGGAGUGUUAACGCUCAAUGAGACCAACGACAUCUUCCUGUGGUAUACUGCAGCCAAAAAGCCCGAGCUCCAGUUUGUGAGUAAAGCCCGCAAGGGCCUCGUUCCUCAGCGUUGUCACCGUUUCCAGUCAUGUGCCUAUCGGAGCAACCAGUGGCGCUAUCGGGGUCGCUGUGAUAGCAUCCAGUUUGCAGUUGAUAAAAGAGUGUUUAUCGCUGGUUUUGGGCUGUAUGGGUCCAGCUGCGGCUCUGCAGAGUACAGUGCCAAGAUCGAACUCAAGCGGCAGGGUGUUGUCCUGGGCCAGAACUUGAGCAAGUACUUCUCGGAUGGCUCCAGUAAUACAUUCCCGGUGUGGUUUGAGUACCCGGUGCAGAUCGAGCCAGACACCUUCUACACAGCCAGUGUCAUCCUGGAUGGCAAUGAACUCAGCUACUUUGGACAAGAAGGCAUGACAGAAGUUCAGUGUGGCAAAGUGACCGUCCAGUUUCAGUGCUCCUCAGAUAGCACCAAUGGCACUGGGGUCCAGGGAGGGCAGAUUCCUGAACUUAUAUUCUAUGCUUGAAACUUACUUCCCCAGCAGUGUGAGCUCUGGGGUGCAUACCUGUCUCUGCUUGCUUUACGCUUGCUUAUCUGCAGAUACGUGAUCAGCGCAGGUAAUUUGUAAUGAAUGAAGCAGUAGGCAGUUUCUAAUUUCCUUUAACCUUUUAAUUAUGUACAGGCAAAGAUGCAGCAUUCCGCUUUUAACUAUAUGCUUAAGAAAGCCAAGUUCUUAUUAAGGCUUCGUGAUUUUUUUAGUGUUGCGUGUAUACACCUGGGGAGAUUUUGUGCUUUCCAUGUGUUCCACUGACCUCCCAGUUUUGUCCCUCUGAAGAUAAUUUUGUAUCACUCUGAAUUUCCUUUUGGACUUUGUUUGAUGAAUAUAAAGAAAUAGUCUAAAUAAAAUAAGAGUUAUUUUUUAACAGAACCCUUUUCUUCCCCCCAAAACAGACAAACCUCAGUGUACAAUUUUGAAAGAAGUUUUGCUCUGUAAUAAGUAAUAAUUUUGAAAGUAGACAGUAGUCAUGUUUGGCUCUUAUUUUAUUCCUUUUAGAUAUAUAUCUUCUGGGAUUUUGUUUUUUAAAUCCUAAAUUCAUAAGAUUGUUACAUAGUAAAUACUUCAAAUAUCAUUGUAAAAUAGGAAAGUAAGGAAUUGGGCAUUCGGUUAGGCCAUCACUUCUGCUACAAGCAAAUUUAUAUUCUUGUAGUUCAGAUGACAAAAUAUUACAAUACAGACAUUUCUUUUAGAAGUAAUUAUAAAAUUGUCAAUAGAAAAAGUUGCAGUCCUACUAAUUUAAACUAAAACAAUUUCAAAAGGAAACCUAAAAAAGGUCCUUACUACAAAUAGUUUGUUUCGCGUUAAAAUACAUAGUUUGAAAAAGCCAGAUUCUACUUAGCCUUUGAUCCCUACUGUUAGCUUGUUUUUUAUAAGUCAUACUAUAUAGAAUUCUAUUCCCUGAUUCCCCCUUAAAAAAGGACCAAACAUUCUUUAUAUGAAUGGAGUAACAAUUAGUUUUGUAGCAUUAUAUGUUAAUGUGAUAAGAUACUUUUGUUCUUUUUUUUUUUUUGUCUGAAACAUACUUUAUCUGAUCUACUUUGACCAUAUAUUCUUUUCUUUGUCAAUUGUAAUUCUGUCCUGUUCCUGGACUGCUAGAAUCUGACCUCUGGCCAUCAUUAAGUGCCAACCUGCCUGCAGAGUUUUUAAGAAAUGAUCUGGAGAGACACAUUUCAUUAUACCUAACACUCACUGCAUCAGCAUCCCAUCCAGUUCUUGUCCAUGGAUGAUGUACACAGAGGAAGGACAAGCUCAUUACAAAGUUCUCUUUCAGUGAUGGCUUACAUUGGUUUAGUGCCUGUGACCCUGGCAGUGUCCAGUGUCUUUCACUUCCAGUUCAAGUAUCCAUGUGUUUCUGGGCAGCGUUCCUGCUCAGUGUGAUCCUGAGAUGGCUUCCCUCGCCACCCAGAGUGUGGUCCCUGGCCGCCUCCUUCUCCUGCUCUGCAAGCGCGAAACUGGCUUGUCUGGAGCCAGGGGUUAGUCGUGGGGUGUGUGUGCACGUGCACAACUGUGCGUGUGCAAGUGCGUUUGCCAACUCAGGAAUUGUUUCCUCCCUGCCUGGCUAGUGAGAGGUGGGACGGUAAUGGUCCUCCUGCUGGCUUCAGCAAGGCCCGUUGAGUGACUGCCCUACCUACUCACUGUCUUUCUGGGUCACUUCCCCCGUAGUUGCGGGCAUGCUGCCUUCAGCUUGGCUUCCCUGAGGGAGGAAAACACUGGAUUAGGGGAAAUGUUUCGAUCGCUUUUGCCAUUACCUACGUCUGUCAGCGUAGAUGAUCAGAAGCUGUUACUGGUGAUUACAGAUGAGAUAAGUACUCCCAGAACAACUUUCCAGAAUUGUCUAAUGAUUAUUUCUAAGGAGUUAAGUAGUAGUUUGGCAAAGCAUUGAUAAAAUAAAGGUACAUUUUCAAGUAAAAAAAAAUAUAUAUAUAUGCUUCUAUGAAGGAUUUUGUCUUAAAGUUACAUCUAAACAAUUAGUAAUGCAUAACUACCAUGCAAAUUGGUAGACCUGAUCAGAAGGCACACGUUUUUAAGCCAGAGGAGAAAAGACAUCAUUUAGUGCUUAUUUUAUCCUACGAGAUUGCUGUGGUGAGUGUGAGAGCCUUGGGGGGGAGCUUGUUCGUUCACUCACACUCACCGUAGGUGCUCCUGUUAGCUAACCACCUCCAUGUGACUCGGGAACUGCUGGUGAGAGCCAUGUGAGAUUUUGUACACUGGGUAUGGAAUAAGUUAAUUUUAUGUUAAUUACUAUUACUUAAAAAAAAAAAAUACAUCCACCAUCCGAUUGGCUGGUACCUGCUGCUGAGAGUAAAAGCUGAAUGUUGUAUUUAGAAUAAGCAGUUUUAUAUUUAAAGCCCUAUUCUCCCUUCUGCUUUUUUAGCAAAGUGGAAUGAAGGCUAAUGUGCUUGCUUUAUUUUUGUAAUUUUGAAUUUUGUAGCUUUUACAGCAAGAAACCAUUGUUCUAACGAGGCAGGCAGUUCUAGUAUAUAAACACAACUUUACUAAACAGAACACGCUGUACAUGCUUCUCCCAAUGUGUCUGGCAGUCUUUGUCGUUGUUCAUACUGGGGAUAAAGGGGACCUAGGCUAGCAGUUCUAAGGUAACAUUCUUUAAGCAUAUCUUAAAAUAGUAUUUAAGUAAAUGGUCUGAUUUCUACAUAAUUGCACUGAACUGUCAUUUUUCUUUUUUAAGGUGUUUAAAUAAGCUCAGCCAAUUGAAGACACUGGCUCCCUGUGCGCCAGUGUGCUUGGGUUUAGUAGCUUAUAGCAUUAUUUAUGAAGGAAAAACAUAUAAAUAUGAAGUACCUCAUGUUGAAUGUUAUUGUACUGUAUUUUUAAUGUAACAGUGCAGAUCUUGUUAGACACCUGAAUGUGUAUAAUCAUGUUAAAUGCAAAUAAAAUAAAACUAGUUCAUAGA